GGGGCCGCCACGUAACAAUUUUUGGAAGACCAAUCGGGAGGGGCUUGAGAAGGUGUAUAAUAAGUAUUUGGCGGGCACGAAGAGAGAAUCUAAGCUAAAGGAGGAGGAAGAAAGAGCUAGGAAGACCAAGGAGGAGGUAGAGAGAAAGGAGGAGUGAAGGAAAGAGCGUGAGAAGUUGAAAUUAGAAAUGGCUGCGAGGAUCGAUAAACGAAUGGAGGCGGUGUGCCAGUCGGUCAAGGUCAAUCGCCAGACUGAGGGGGAAUGUAAUACGAAGGGGGAGGACGAGGUCGCCAGGCUGAAGUGGGAAAACGAAGAGCUUAAGCGGGCGUUGCGAGGUGAUCUAGACGGUGGGGAAGUCUGCAAGCUCGAGCGGGAGAUUUUGGAGUUAUGUAAGCAGGUGAACGAGAAGGAGAGUAAGAGAGACGAGAUUGUGGCACUCAAGCAUGAGAUCCAGCAACUGCGUGAAUCGGCAGUUAAGGAGCAGGAGUUGGCUGGGCUUAAGAGGCAGUUGGAAGAUCUUCGUAUUGAAGCGCGUCAAUGGAAGGAUGAGGCAUUGCGGCCAGGAAACAAGCGAGGCAGCAUCACUAUGUCUACCCCCCCGGAUACUAACGCACGUGCGUCACCUAAGCCGCGUCGAACGUGCGACAAGGAUCAGGAACAAGAAAAUUGGAAAUCUGAAUAUAGGAAGCUGCAAAGUUUGCGCAGAGCGGAUUUCGUGGAAGUGGAGACGCUUAAGAAAAAGAAGGCGCAAGCUGAGAUGGAGGUCAUCAAUCUGCACAAGCAGAUGAGCAAACUGAAUGCUAAUGAGGCGGGAAGGGAGAGGACGCCGGGAGGAACGAAUUUGAAGGAGAGAUUGGAGGCUGUGGCUCUUUGGAAGCCCGAAAAGGAAGGAAGGCCACUCCAAAUCGGGAGGGGUUGAGGCGUACACCGCACCGUGAGGAAUAGCCCAAGCAUGGAGAUAAUGAUCGUACUACGUUUGUCGAGGAGCAAACCAAGUUUCUGAAGAUGUUGAGGAAGUCUGCGUUGGAACAAAUCUGCAAGGAGGCG